AUUGGUUCAUAUUGUUUUCCAAGCUUAAUGGAUUGGUUAUAUUAUUGAAGACGGACUGAUUCGGUCGGUAAAUACAAUAAUUCAUUUUAGUUUCAUUGGACAAUAUUUUUGACUAUUCAGUAAAUUCCGUUGGUUUGUGAAGAAUAUAAUAGCACUUCGUUUUUGUUUGUAAUGUUACAUACAAUUUUUUACCUUAUGUGUAGGUAAUGGAACACAAAAUACAAAUACCAUAACGUUUUCUUAAAGUUGAGUUUGUGUAAACGUAAUGUUUUACGUCACACUAUUCUGACAUGCGCACAACAGCGGGAAACUGAUGUCAAAUUAAAUGAAAUCAGUUGAAAAGUAAUGUCCGCCAGUUGCGGUCGGCUACGAAACAUCUUGAUGUAAUAAAUUUACGAUUUAUAUUUAUUUUGUUUCGUUCCUAAACCUAAAAUCGUGUUAUUCUAGUUGCAAAUAUUGUGCAUUUGUGUCGACGGUACAGAGUUCUUCUUUUACGGAUUUACUCGAACAGGUGAUGUCGAUAAGGGCUCUUCGAAUGGAUCGAUAUCGGUGACUUUGAGUUGGGGCGAAAAAUACGAAAAGUAAAGGGUUGUUAUCAUGGAGAAGUCCGCUCGGCCGCGGACAGCUCUCAAUGAGUGUGUGAAGGUGGUGGUUCGAUGUCGGCCGCUCUCGGAGAAGGAAAAGAAUGAGGGCUACGAGGAGGUGAAGAAGAAACGCACAGAGCAGACUUGGUAUGAGCGGCUGUCCACUAAGACUCCGGUGGACAAAAAAGCAUGUGAUGUCCGAUUACAGGUGGUGAAGGUAUGGCCGGAGCGCGGCGCCGUGCAGGUGUACAGCCCCAAGGGGCAGGACAAGAUGUUCACGUACGACGCCGCCUACGACUGCACUGCCGACACUCAGACCAUGUACGAUGAAAUGGUUCGACCGCUGGUGGCGUCCGUUCUGGACGGGUUCAAUGGCUGCGUGUUCGCGUACGGGCAGACCGGCACGGGCAAGACGCACACCAUGGAGGGCACGGCCGACCACGAGGGCAUCAUCCCGCGCGCCUUCCGCCACAUCUGGGCACACAUCGAGAACAGCGCCUCGCCCGACGUCACGCACCUCGUCUCCUGUUCCUACAUCGAACUCUACCUCGAGGACGUCAGGGACCUGCUCUCUAAGGACUGCAAGAAGUUGACCAUCAGGGGACAGGAGCUGAACGGGUUCUACAUCCCGGAGAUGACGUCCGUGGUGUGCAAGAGCGCGGCGGAGAUGGUGCGCGUGAUGCGCGCCGGCAACCGCAACCGCGCGGCCGGCCGCACCGACAUGAACGAGCACUCCUCGCGCAGCCACGCCGUCUUCCUCGUCACCGUCGAGACCGCGCACCGCAAGACCAACAGGAUACGGGUGGGUAAACUGAACCUGGUGGACCUGGCGGGCAGCGAGCGCCAGCGCAAGACUGGCGCGUCCGCCGAGCGGCUGAGGGAGGCCUCGCGCAUCAACCAGGCGCUGUCCUCGCUCGGGAACGUCAUCUCCGCGCUCGCUGAGAACAGCCCGCACGUGCCCUACAGAGACUCGAAGCUGACCCGUAUCCUGCAGGACUCGCUGGGCGGGAACAGUAAGACCAUCAUGAUCGCCAACAUCGGGCCCGCCUCGUACAACUACGACGAGACCAUCACUACACUGCGGUACGCGCACAGGGCUAAAGCGAUAAAGAACAAGCCGGUCCGCAACGAGGACCCGAAGGACGCCAAGCUGCGCGAGUACCAGGCCGAGAUAGAGCGCCUGCGCGCGCUCAUCUCGCAGCGCCGGACCAUCGACCGCCGCCCCAGGAAACUGGCCAAGCCGCGCGCGCUGCCCGCGCCCGAGGACAACUCUGAAGAGGAGACAGUCAGUAUAGAAAACGAAAACAUACUGGCCGAGUCUACGAUAGAACAAGAGAAGAAGCAGAUGGAGGAGCUAGAGCAACAGAUCCGUGCGCUGGAGGAGCGGUUGGUGCAGGGAGGCGGAGGGAAGGACCUCAUCAAUAACCUCAACGAGGCACAGCUCAUACUCGAGCAGAGGAACAGUGAGAUCACAGAGCGCAAGAAGAGGGAGGUCGAGAUGCAGCAGAAGAUAGAGCUGGAGGAGGAGACCACCGCCAUCGUCACCAACACCUUCGCCACGCUGCAGCAGGAGGUCGACCACAAGACGCAGCGGCUGAAGAAGUGCCUGGCGCGGUACGGCGGCCUGCGCGAGGAGAUGGUGGAGCAGCGCGAGGCGCACGACGCCGAGCGCCGCGACCUGGAGGCGCUGCAGGCCGCGCUCAUCGCCGAGCUGCGCCGCGGCUGCUCGUCGCAGACAGCUUCGUGCCGCUGGCCGGCCGCCCCGCCGUGCUGCGCGCGCGGUACAACGACGACACCGACGCCUGGGAGCUGCGCGACCACGCGGGUGUGGAGCCACUAACGACGCGGCCCGGGGCCGCCGGGCGCCGCCGGGGCUCCAGCGCCCGGCCCGCUCGGCGCCGCGCUGAAAACGUGUUGGACCUGACGCCCAUCCCCCUGCCGCCCACCACGCGCCUGUACUCCGCGCCGCGGCUGGCGCCCAGCCUGGCGCCCGCGCUGGCGCCGACGGGCCGCAAGGAGGAAGUGGAAGCGGUGGCCAGUGUAGCGACGGUGGCGGUGGCGGGGCGCAAGUCGGCGCGCGCGCGGCCCAGCACGGCGCACCACCGCCUGGGCACGGCCGGCGUGCGGUAGUGCGGGCCGCCCCGUGCCGCCCCGUGCCGCCCG